UGAAAUCAGGGUCGUGCAGAGCGUCCGCGGGAUAAACGUGACAAGUGAAGUAUCAAGUCGCUAGAACACAUUUACUCACUAGUGAGGCGCCACUAGUAAAGUUAAAUAGGUAGUAAAGUGUCAUCUCGAACUUUGAUUACAAUGUUAUGUUCGAGAAAGGAUAGUGAAUAGUUAUGCAUUCACACCAAUGCAACACACCUGUCGUAUGAUUGAGUUGCCACAAUUCCUCUUGGGUCUAGUUGCACGUGCUUUCAACUGUUCAAAGUCAGGAAACAGAUCUGACUGUGUGAGUAAUGCAACAAAACUAAAAACUAUCUUGUAAACGAUGCAGAGGCUUGUGCUGCGAUCUCACCCAAUAAGAAGUGUUACCUUAUCCUUUUCUAUUCAACACUACCUUUUUUACCACAAUCUUCAUGUAACCCCUAGAUCUAUAACCGGAUUAGUUAAUCUGUUUCAGUCACAGUGUCAGAAAAUACAUACCACAACGUCAUAUUGGAGAGGUAAGGAAAGGUCCAAGAGGAAUAAAGAUGAACAAAUAUCGUUCUUUAGAAAGAGCAACACAUACGUUGCUGACCAGAAAGGUGAAUCUGGUAAUGACAGAAAAUCAAACAAAAGAAAAAACGAUUUUCCAUAUAGACAUGAUGAACUUCAAGGCAGCAGUGACUAUCAUACCAGGAGAGAUCACCAUAGAAAUCACUCCAUGAGAAAGGAUAAAUACAAUGUUGGACAACACUAUAAUGAACAGAAAGAAGCUGUACAAUCACCUGAAAUUCAAGACACUAAUGAAUAGGAUGAUAAUUUUGGGAACCUGUCAAGAGAUGUUAAGGGGACUCUUCCAAAAUGGCUACAGGAUGAAAACCUUGGUGAAUCUUAUGAGAUGGAAAAGCCUCAUCGCCCACUCUUAGUGGAAAAUCGACGACACAACCAGGACUGGUACUUCAAAAAGAUUGUGAAGAUGGGAAAGGAAGGAAAGGUGCUGGAGGCCAUUGCUGUCCUAGAUGACUGGAUGUUAGUUAGAGACCGGGUCAUGCCCAAUGAAGAUAUUUAUACAGCCAUCAUAGGUAUCAUUGGACGUACCGGAAAUGCAUCCCUGGCAUUUGCACACUUCAAAAAGAUGAGAGAAUAUGGUCUGAAGCCAAAUGAAGCGACAUUUACAGCUCUCUUUAACGCUUGUUCAAAUUGUCCUGAUCAGGAAAUUGCCAAAAAGAAAGGAAACUAUCUUCGAAAUUAUAUGCGGCGAACCGAGGUGAUACCGAACAUCAUCACCUAUAAUGCCAUCAUAAAGAUGUUUGGGAGAUUUGGAGACCUACCUAAUGCUUUCCUCGUAGCAGAUGAAGCCUUGUCAAAUAGACGUAGAGCAGAUCUUUCUUCUACGGCAGCCUUUUGUCUGCAGCAAUCAGUGACAAGGAAGAAGGACUUCUUUAUGCCAUUGAAAAUAGGAGCAGUAACUGAAAUUACACCACAUCAGAGUAGUCAACAACAUCCUGAACAUCCCCCACAGAAAUGUUAUGGUGAUCUGGAAGGAGAGGGAGUGCAGCCAUUAAGAAUAGGAGCAACGACUGAAAUUACAGCACAUCAGAGUAGUCAACAACACCCUGAACAUCCCCCACAGAAAUGUUAUGGUGAUCUGAAAGGAGAGGGAGUGAAAUAUAAAAAGUCUCCUAAAACACUUGAGCAAAGGAAACAAAAACAAGCAGAAGAAUCCAAGUUGGAGCUACAUACAGAACAUGUUGCUGAUGAUACUGCGGUGUCUCUAUUGUCAGAGGAGCAAGUCGACACGUCCCUGUCGUCUAUGACAGUAGCUAAAUUCCCCGAUCUGUUAGACCCAGUGGAGUCUUUUUCAGAAGUAGUUUCGCUUGGUAAUAUGUCGGAAGGUAAAGAUAGACUCUUGUUAAUGGGUGGUAUAAAAGGGUUUCUACGGAGGAUGAAGGCUGACGAAGUUAGUCCAGAUAUCAGUGUAUUGACUUGGUUGGUACAGAUGACAAGAGGAAAGGAAGAUGAAGAAAUCAUUCUGUCUGCACUCGAAGAAGGAAAAAUAAAAGCAGACUCCACAUUUCUUAAUGCACUUAUGCGCACUAAAGCACAUCAGGAGUCUUAUGAUGAUGCAAAGGCUGUUUUGCAACUGUUUACCAAAUAUAAUGUUGUUCCCAACAAGCAGACAUAUGGAAGUCUGAUGUUCUGUACGAGGCACACUGAUGAGGCGAAGGAGAUACUUGAUUCCAUGGAGAAUGUUGGGUUGGUUCCAGAUAUCAAAACUUUUGGUAUCCUUAUCGGCAAAGGUGCAGGACAUUUUACAUAUAAAAAGCACUUACUCAGGAAAAUGGAAUCAAUGAAUAUAAAACCAGACAUUUAUUUCUUGCAAAUAAUUGAAAGGCAUUUACAAAAGCUAAGGGAGCAAAUAUUACUAGAACAGCGCAAAAACACCAAAAACAGCAAAACAAGAAGAUUGGAGAAGGACUUACAAGAUCUCAAUGUGUUUUAUAAACAAUGGUUAAUUAAAACUAAAGUACACAAGGAAGCCCAUCAAUUGGAAAACUACCAGAAGAAAAUUAAGUUGACCAGUGGUAGAGGGUGAAAGUUGUACUACAUAAUGCAGUUGGAACAUGGCAAUGUAGGACACACAGCCAAUGAAAAAAUAUGUUAUAAAUGAAGUGUAGAUAAUGUACUUACAACUUUAACCGUAACAUUAAUUAAUUUGAACAUUGUUUGGCCAUAGUUUCACCAAAUAUCAGAAGUAUUUAUAGUACAUGUAUAUCAUGAUUGGCAUGGGAUGGGUAUUCCGCAUUGCAGUACUCUUGUUAGUUUUUUUUUAUCAUAUUAACAAUAACAACAACAGUAUGAAAUAAAAACAAAAUUUAACAACAAAUUCAGUUUUGGUAUUGUUAUAUUUUCUUUUCUGAAAUAUCCUCCAAGAGUAACACACCCUUUACCAGUAAUCUCAUCAUAGUAAUGCACUCACUCACCUACCACAAUUCUCAUUCAAGCACUGCAUACCUGGGGAAAGGUUUGCCUUGUUAAGAGUUUCUAACGACCAGAAAAUUGAUAUUCACCCAGUGGUAAUUUCACCAUUCAAUUGUAUGGUAAACUGUGUACUGAUUUUCUCUGUUGUCAUAAAGCUUUAACUGCAGCGAAACAUUUCUUGGUAUACCGCAACACAAACAUACGUCUACGACAAAUCUCUCAAAGGCAACUCACCACAAAACUUGUACACGCAACAAACAUACACCCACCACAAAAGUUUCAAAGUGGAUACACAUACCACUGAUAUCUGAAUCAGGUGAGCACAAAGAAAAAAUCUGGAAAUAAUGCAGUUUUGAUAUAUAAAUAUUUACUGGUGAACCCAAAUCUGACGGCGGGUGCAAUUUGGUACUGGGGCGAUGCUUUUUGUGAAUAUAAAUGAUCAAAGAGGCCUGUUUCGCAAUUGGUACAGCUGAUUUUUGAAACCGACUACACCACAGUACUGAUUGCAGAGCAGGUCUCUAAAAAAGCCUCUAACCACUGGACCCAAUUUUAAACAUUGUACCCAAUUGCAAUAGCUGUUCCAAUUUUUGGUUUCCUGGAGUAAAUAUGGAAUGAUUUGAGAUCAAUACAUAGAAAUAAAAGGUUCAUUCUAUUAUACAUGAACUUAACCAAGCCAUAAUGCAUUAUAAGUGCCAUGCCUAUUAUUAUUCCUUUGGCUUAUGCUUUUAGAACAUAUUGACUUUAAUGAAUUUAUUGCGAAUGAACAAGAUUCCACUAAAUAUAACAAAAGACAUAAUGGAUUUCAGCUACUAGAGCACAGACACCCCAAUGACAGAUUACAGUUCCCCAAGUAUAGAGACACGCCCCUAUAAUGGAUUACAGUUACCCAAGUAUAGAGACACGCCCCCAUCAUAGAUUACAGUUACCCAAGUAUAGAAACACCCCCCUAUCAUUAUUACAGUGAGUUACCCAAAUGUAGAGUCACACACCCAUCAUUAUUACAGUUACCCAAGUAUAGAGAUACACCCCUAUCAUAGAUUACAGUUACCCAAGUAUAGAGGCACGCCCCCAUCAUAGAUUACAGUUCCCCAAGUAUAGAGAUCCCCCCCUAUCAUAGAUUACAGUUCCCCAAGUAUAGAGACACGCCCCCAUCAUAGAUUACAGUUUCCCAAGUAUAGAGAUACACCCCUAUCAUAGAUUACAGUUACCCAAGUAUAGAGGCACGCCCCCAUCAUAGAUUACAGUUACCCAAGUAUAGAGACACGCCCCCAUCAUAGAUUACAGUUACCCAAAUGUAGAGGCACCCCCCAUCAUUAUUACAGUUACCCAAGUAUAGAGACACACCCCUAUCAUAGAUUACAGUUACCC